CUACAUACGACUCAUAGACAACAAAUGUUUCGUUCAUGUUUGUCUUUAAACAUUACGAUCAUCGGCGUAGUGCGUGAAGUAAGUCGAAGUUCGUAGCAAAUGAAGCGAAUAAUCAAGUGUACCUCAAACCCCUGGAGUAGGAGCAUACCUGUUAUGUUUCGUGCGUAUAAAUAUGCGUGCUUCAGUAACCAACAAAGUGUCAAACAGAUCACACCAGUGCACCUGUGCUGGAUGUACAGUACUGAAGUAAAGACCCUAAGCAUCGUAAACCGGUGUUAGUGGUUCUGAUAGCUCUUGCGUUCGUUAGUGGAUAAGAUCAUAACCGAAAAAACAGCCAUUGAGUGUGUAGCUUUUCCUUACGGACAUCGUCUUCAUUUCGAAUCGCUGUUCAAUUGUUUAGUUCAUGUGCCAGUGAGACAGUUGUUGAAAAUGAAGAAAGUUUUUAUAUUUAGCCUCAUUGCGCUGGUAUUGCUAGUGACAGUGGUUAGCGGUGAUGGAAAGAAAAAGGAAAGUUAUUUCGAGGAAAGUGGAGGCAGCGAGCACGGUGGCGACCAUCAUUCGAAGAAAGGCGAUAAAGGCGAUAAAGGUUACGAGAAGAAGCAUGGAUUAGAAAAAUCCGAAAAGGGCAGUAAGGGGAAGGAGGAUCACGAGUCGCACUACGGCGAGGAAGGAGGACAUAAGAAGGAAAGCCACGACGAGGGAGAUCAUUACAAGAAACAUCACGAAGAGAAGAAGGGAUCGAAACACGGCAAGAAGGGUCACAAGAAGGGCCAUAAAAAGGGCUCCAAGACGACCGGCUAUCAUCACAAAUCCCAUAAAGAUGACUAUCACAAGGAGCACAAAUUCUAUGAUGAUCAGCACAAGGAGGGACACCACAAGAAGUUUGGCGGGUUCGAUGAGUUCCACAAGAAGAAUGGUGGCGAUCACAAAAAGGGUGGCCAUCACGAGUCUGCCCACAAAGAGGAUAAAUAUGCCAAGAAGGGUCAUGCGGAUAAGGGUCACUUCGAUGAUGAACACAAAGGAUGGAAGCACAAGCAUGGACACGAGUCGCACUUUUCACACAAGGAUGAUUAUGGCAAGAAGGGCGGCAAAUCUGGCGGCAGUGAACAUGGUUUCAAGAAGGGCGACAAAGGUCACUAGUGCUAUGGUUUGAGUCAUUGAACCAGUACCAUCAUAUGCAAAGAAGUGCAAUUAGUACAAGUUCUUUGAAGAUUUAGACAAAAAUUCUGAAUAAAUAUAAGGUUUCAAAAUAUAA